AUGGCGCCCAGCCGCCGGAACAAUGGUUCGAACGGGAAUGUCAUUGCCUCCGCGCUCUCUCGGUUCUGGAAGAGGACUCAUGCGCCAGACUACCUGGGCUUCGUAAUCCUUCUCGCAGGAUGGAUGACGAUGCUUGCUUUCAUUGAACCCUUCCAUCGCAUGUUCUUCAUCAACGACCUGCACAUCUCUUACCCUCAUGCGGAAGUCGAGCAUAUGAACAUCGUUUAUGCCCUGUUUGUGCCACUGGGAGUUCUCGUCGCCUAUAACGUCGUCACUAAAGCUUCGCCUCACAAACAUGAGGUUACCUAUCUAUCUUUCGCCAUCGCAAUCAUCAUGGGCUCCUUCAUCACAGACCUCGUCAAAAACGCAGUUGGUCGGCCGCGACCUGACUUGCUGGCCCGGUGCAAGCCAGCCGCCGGCACGAAACCUAACGUUCUUGUCACCAUUGACGUGUGCACCGAGACGGCCCAUCACCUGCUCCAUGAUGGCUGGCGCUCUUUUCCUUCCGGUCACUCGUCUUUCUCCUUCUCUGGUCUUGGAUUUCUGAGCCUUUUUCUCGCCGGCCAGCUUCACAUUUUCAGACACAACAGCGGAGGUCGUGACCUCAGCAGAGCCCUCGUCUGCCUCCUGCCGCUGCUGGGGGCCGCGUUGAUCGCCAUCAGCCGCUGCGAAGACUACAGACACGAUGUGUACGACGUUUGCGUGGGCUCACUGUUGGGAUACCUCAUUGCGUACUGGAGUUACCGACGACACUGGCCCGGACUGGCAACCAGGGAAUGCCAUGAGCCCCACCCGUAUCCAGGGUCAGAUGCGAAAACUGGCUGGAACCGACUACGAGACGAGGAGGAAGCUGGGGACUCGCGGACCGAUGUAGGCUAUGAAAUGACCCAGCUAAGUAGCCAGAGACACUAA